CGAAGGCAAAGUUGGAAGAAAGCUUUCCGUGUCUCGGGAGGAGGCUUUGCCUGGAGUCUGCAGCAGUCUGCUUAAUGCCUUCAUCCUAUUUUCAUUACUUCUUCCAGACACUCCGGAAAGAAUGGGGGCAGGCGCAUUAGCCAUCUGUCAAAGUAAAUCCGCUGUCAGGCUGAAAGAAGACAUGAAGAAGAUUGCGGCAGCCCCACUGAGCGGCCAGAGGGGAGCUGCCUGCCAGAAGGUGUUUGGCGUAAGCCUGCAUGAACUUCAGCAGCGGGGACUGAGCAAGAACGGAGUCCCAGCCAUCGUGUGGGAUAUUGUCGAAUACCUGACUUGGCAUGGGCUGAAACAGGAAGGUCUUUUCAGGGUGAACGGCAGCCUGAAAACCAUGGAGCGUCUCCGAGGGAAGUACGAGAACGGAAAGGAAGUGGAGCUGCCUGUGGAAGGCGACGUCAGCUCAGCGGCCAGUUUGCUGAAAUUGUUUUUGAGGGAGCUGCCUGAUCGGGUGAUCACUUCUGCAGCACAUCCCAAAUUCAUACACCUGUAUCAAGACACCCAGAAUUGUAGCCCAAAUGUGAACGCUUUGAGAGAACUCCUGAGGCAGCUGCCUGAGCCCAACUAUUCCCUGCUUAAGUUCCUCUGCCGAUUCCUGAGGAGAGUUGCUGAUCAUCACUCCGAGAACAAGAUGACUGUUUCCAACCUCGCCACAGUAUUCGGACCAAACUGUUUCCACGUGUCUUCUGGAUUUGAAGGGAUGAAGGAGCAGGAAAUCUGCAACAAAAUCAUGGCCCAGAUGCUGGAGAACUACACCACUUUGUUUGAAUGGGAACACCCGAGAAAGGAGAACGAAAAACACCCAUGUGAAGAUCUAGCAAAAAUUAUACUAGUGAAAGAGGCUGGCUGCAAGCAGACACCGUCAGUCAUUCGGACAAGUGUUGACAGAGAACUGCCAAAGCUGAGUCCAAGGCACAAGGUUGCAAAGUGCAAACCAGAAGGAUCUUCUCCGGCAUGCUUGGUGCCGCAGCCCAGACUGUCAGAUGGAAUUCCCUGCGUUAGGGUCCAUUUAACGGACAGCUUGCGCUCGGAGGAGAUGGAUUUAGCUGACGAAAUCUCCUUUAUAAGCAGUGCUGCAUUCUUCACCAGCUCUCAAGAGGAUGAAAGGCCCAUGUCACCCUUCUACCUAAGUGCUCACGUGUCGCAAGUCAGUAGCAGCAGCAGCAGUGGCCUCCCUCCUACUGGAGAAUACUUAGAAAAGACAAUCCGGUCAGCAGUCGAGCAACAUCUUUUUGACGUUCAUGGAUCCGGCGGUCAAAGCUCUGAAGAAUCCGAGUCGGGAACGUCAUCCGCGUCCUCAAACGUGUCUGCCCGGCAGCGGCGGAGGCAUCAUAAAGAACAGGAUGAAGCCCGAAGGAACAGAGAUAUGGAGGUGAUCAAUAAGGAGAAUAUUCCUUCUGGAUUUGGCAGCAUUGAAGAGUGUAUGCUGACUGCUCAAGAAGUAGAAAAACUGCAAGAGGCCAGCUCCGGAUAUAUCGGAGAAAGGAGUAAACCAAAGCGACAGAAAUCCAGCACCAAACUUUCUGAGCUUAAUGACAACCAGGACAGUCCUCUGGCAAUGGAAACUUUUGGUUCCUUGAGACCAGUGGACAAAACAGGACCAGAUGACAUGGAAGUGUUUUCUGAAAACAGCAAAGACAAUGAAAGUGACAGCGACUUGUUAAGGCAUCCUCAGAAUUCAGGCAUGAAGAUCCAGGAGCAUCCCAGCAUGCCUGAAGCCAAAUUACAGAGGAACCAAGAUGCCGAUGGCAAGAAGAGAGCUGUAUCCGAAGUGCCUCGACUGGACCUGACAGCCUUGUGCAGUGACAACAACAACUGGGAAGAGCCCGUCCCUGCCUUCUCCUCCUGGCAACGUGAUGGCUUAGAUUCCAACGAAGCUCGCCUCUCUCCUCAGGCUGGCCGCCUCAUUCGCCAGCUGCUGGAUGAAGAUAGCGACCCAAUGCUAUCCCCUCGUUUCUAUGCCUACGGGCAAAGUCAGCUGUACCUGGAUGACACAGAAGUACCUCCUUCUCCUCCCAACUCACAUUCAUUCAUGAGGAGAAGAAGUUCUUCUUUGGGGUCUUACGAAGAUGACCGAGAAGAUCUGACACCAGCACAGCUGACCCGCAAGAUUCAAGGACUGAAGAAAAAGAUCAGGAGGUUUGAAGACAAAUUUGAAGAGGAGAGGAAAUACAGACCAUCACACAGUGACAAAGCAGCCAACCUGGAGGUGCUGAAGUGGACAAAUGACCUUGCAAAGUUUCGGAAGCAGCUGAAAGAGUCAAAGCUGAAGAUGUCAGAGGAAGACCUGGCUCCUGUGAUGCGUCAACGUAGCAAUACACUCCCCAAAAGUUUUGGCUCCCAGCUGGAAAAGGAGGAAGAGAAGAAGCAGGACGUGUCUGAUAAAUUGACUAAGCCAGCAGUGGAGGCAACCCUGGACACCAUCCAGAAGAAGCUCCAAGAGAAAAGGACCGAGGCAAACCGCCCUGAAGACAUUAAGGAUAUGACCAGAGAUCAGAUAGCAGCAGAGAAGGUGGCUCUCCAAAAAGCCCUCUUGUAUUACGAGAGCAUCCACGGAAGACCAGUAACGAAACACGAGCGGCAGAUGAUGAAGCCCCUGUAUGACAGAUACCGCUUAGUCAAGCAGAUUCUCUCGAGAGCCAACAGCAUCCCCAUCAUCGGUUCCCCCUCCAGCAAGCGGAGAAGCCCUUUGCUGCAGCCAAUUAUCGAGGGUGAAACUGCUUCCUUCUUCAAGGAGAUAAAGGAGGAAGAUGACGGUUCUGAAGAAGACAGCAACACGAAACCAGAUUUCAUGGUCACCGUAAAGCCAGACUUCAACGUGAGAAGUUUCUUGGACCAUCUAGAAGAUGAUGGCGACGGCUUUGUUUCUCCGGUGGAUGAUAGGAUUGCUUCAAAAAGCAGCCAAGAUAUGGGAGUGUCAAAUCUUCACGCUGCCUCCAUGCCAGAACUUGUAGAACAGCUCCAGGAAGUCAGGGAGGAGAAGAAGAGAAUCAGGAAAAAACUGAGAGAUUUUGAGGACAAUUUCUUCCGGCAAAACGGAAGGAAUGUCCAGAAAGAGGACCGCACUCCUAUGGCUGAAGAAUACAACGAAUACAAGCAAGUUAAGGCCAAGCUGAGGCUGCUGGAGGUCCUCAUCAGCAAGAGAGACAUUGGCUCCAAGAUCAUGUAACAAAGGCGUGCUUGACCUUGGCGGUAGAGUUAAGAAGUUGGCUGAGCCAAAGGAAGGAUUGCUUGAAGAACUCAGCGAGGCCCUUGCGCUGUGAGGGCCUUCUUAGCAGCAAUCCCGGGGCUGUGUCUGACAAGGAGGAGGGCCCUGCAUCUUUUCUUCAUACUUGGGGGCCUCUCCUGCCUCCAAGCUGGUUCACCCAAGCCAGCAGGAGGGGGGGUGAGGUGGGUGAUACACUCAAAAGACUCGCCACCCACCCCAAAAGGAAGGGUCCUUCUGCUUUGAUCAGCCUGCGACGUGUGAAACGCUUAGACUAACGAGAGCCUGAUUUUAUGCCUUCUCCUGCGUGUCAACAAGAGAGAGGUGAACUAGUUUGAGUUAUCAUGAAUCGCCAAAUAAUUGUCUGUAAUUGUCAGACCAAUAAAGCACCCAGGUCUGUUCUAAUGCGGAGGA